CGCGCGUCUCAACCUAUGCGCGUGCUCGUGCAUGCGCACGGCCUCCGCGCCGCCCUGAUUUCCUGCAGGUCCUGGGUCGAAGCUCCCUUCCCUCCUGUAGCUUUUGCUUUCGCUAACUUGGAGUCGCAGAUCCUGUGAGGGCCGAGGCCGGAUUUUUCCGGUCUGCAACCGGAGGGCCCAGCGGGAGCGCGGCGUGGAGGCCGAGGACAGGGGCGGCGGGACUGUCAGCUCGGUCUGCCAUCGGCAGCGUCUGCGCUUUUCCAAGAGCAGCAGAAAAUGAGCCGAUCGAGGGGCCCACUGUCCUUCGGGGACGUGGCUGUGGCCUUCACCCAGGAGGAGUGGCAGCGGCUGGGCUCAGAGGAGAAGACGACGUACAGGGACGUGAUGCUGGAGACCUACAGCAACCUCGUCUCCGUGGGGUAUGAUGUCACCAAGCCGAACGUGAUUAUUAAGUUGGAGCAGGGAGAAGAACCGUGGACAGUGGAAGGCGACUGCCAUGUGCAGAGUCGUGUGGAAAUCAGUAAAGUAGAUGACACCGUAGAGAAAAUCCAAGAAAGCGAAGGCCAACGUAUGAGGCGAGCUGAGGAUCUCAGCAGCCGAAGAGCAGAGAAGGAGGACGCGAUUGAUAAAACGUGUCGCCUGGAACCGCGCCUCGAUCCCCGCUGUGUGUCUUGUGGGCAGACCCUGGAACCCGUGGCAGCACUGAUUAGUAGUGAUGGACGGUAUGCACCGGAGAAGCCCGACAAGUGUGCUGAUUGUGGGACAGCAUGCGGAGAGAAAGCGGGCGACUUUAAUCAAAAUGGGGAUACUUCUGCUCAACCUGAUGGAAGCAUUCUGCAGAAAAUCACGGUUGUGGAGAAGCCCUUUGAUUAUGAGUGCAUGGAAGCCUUAGACAGCGAAGCUGUUUUCAUGGCUCACGAGAGAGCUUACAUGGGGGAGAAACCCUAUGAAUGGGAUGAUGAUUCUGGACCAGACUUCAUCCAGAUGUCAGAUUUCAGUGCGUAUCAGAGAUCACAACUGGAAAUGAAGCCCUUCGAAUGUACACAGUGUGGGAAGUCCUUCUGUAAAAAGUCCAAAUUCAUCAUACAUCAGAGAGCUCACACGGGGGAGAAACCGUAUGCGUGUAAUGUGUGUGGAAAGUCCUUCAGUCAGAAGGGGACCCUCACUGUCCAUCGGAGGUCACACUUAGAGGAGAAGCCCUAUAAGUGUACUGAGUGUGGGAAAACCUUCUGUCAGAAGUUACAUCUCACACAGCAUCUGAGAACUCACUCAGGAGAGAAGCCCUAUGAGUGCAGUGAAUGUGGGAAGACCUUCUGCCAGAAGACGCACCUCACUCUCCACCAGAGGAACCAUUCCGGGGAGAGGCCCUAUCCGUGCAACGAGUGUGGGAAAUCCUUCUCCCGGAAGUCUGCCCUCAAUGACCAUCAGAGAACACACACCGGAGAGAAGCUGUAUAAGUGUAACGAGUGUGGGAAAUCCUACUACCGAAAGUCCACUCUGAUUACACACCAGCGGACGCACACGGGGGAGAAGCCGUACCAGUGUAGCGAGUGCGGGAAGUUCUUCUCCCGGGUGUCGUACCUCACCAUCCAUUACAGGAGCCAUUUAGAGGAGAAGCCGUACGAGUGUGCGGAGUGCGGGAAGACCUUCAAUCUGAACUCAGCCUUCAUUCGCCAUCGGAAGGUGCAUUCGGAGGACAGAGUCCUUGAGUGUAGUGAAUGUGGGAAGUUCUCCCAACUGCAGUGUCUCCCUGAUCGCAUGAAUGACUUAGGACAGAAACACUAUGAAUGCAGUGAGUGUGGGAAGACCUUCCAUGAAAGCUCUGCCUUCAGUGGGCCCCAGUCCGUUCCAGAAGCGGAGAAGACGUACGACUGUAAUAUAUGUGGGAAGUCGUUCUCUGAUCUGUCGUGCUACACUGUACAUUACAGAGGGCAUUCCGAAGAGAAGCCCUUCGGGUGCAGUGAGUGUGGGAAAACCUUCUCUCAUAAUUCAUCCCUCUUUAGACACCAGAGAGUGCACACAGGUGAAAAGCCUUAUGAAUGUUGUGAGUGCGGGAAGUUCUUCUCGCAGAAGUCCUACCUCACCAUCCACCACCGCAUCCACUCGGGGGAGAAGCCCUACGAGUGCAGCAAGUGUGGGAAGGUCUUCUCCCGGAUGUCCAACCUCACCGUGCACUACAGAAGCCACUCGGGAGAGAAGCCCUACGAGUGUAACGAGUGUGGGAAGGUCUUCUCUCAGAAGUCCUACCUCACUGUCCAUUACCGGACUCAUUCGGGAGAGAAGCCUUAUGAAUGUAAUGAGUGUGGGAAGAAGUUCCACCACAGAUCAGCCUUCAAUAGCCAUCAGAGAAUUCAUAAAAGGGGGAUAUAAGUGCACUCGGUGUGGAAAAAUCUCUGACAUCUCAAUUUAAAACAGACAUUUGGUUAUAAUGAACAUUGGAAGUUUAAUGGGGAGUCAAGUAUGGAUUUUCCCCCUAAUUUUUAUAUUUGUGGUGCUGGGAUUGAAUACAGGGCUUUUUGCAUGCUAUAGAUGCUCUAAAUCGAGCUGCACCCCAAUGAUUCAUGAGUAGAGCAUCCAUGCUCCAUGUGAGAAGCCCUAAAACAAAGUCCAUCUUAACCUGAAUUUUCAGAAAAGAAUCUGUAGAAAUUCAGCAAGAAACAAACCAUGACCAUAUCACUAAUGGGACACUAGAUAAUAUUUACAGGAGUGAAACUUUCAAAGUAUUUAAUAUUUAUUUCUGAUUUAAAUUGUAUUUACAAAUCAGGGAAUCUUGCUAAGAAACAUCAGUAAGGUGAUGUAACACACUUUGGAAACUUAUUAAAAGCCAUAUUUGUGAUAUAAAAACAGGUGUUUAUAGAAAAUAUGCAAGAAGUUAUCUGUUCUGAAUAAACUUAUAAAAAGGAAGUUAUAAAGUUGGGAGUUGAUCCUAAAGCUGACCAAAUAUGUGGCAUCUCUGAUGUUUUAGAAAUGCAAAUUAAUAGUAAUUCUAUGCAAUCUUUCGCAACCAUGGCUGUGAAUAAUUUUGAAAACAUGAUAUUGAGCAUUAGAAUGGCAAGUGUUACAAUGGGAUUUAUUGGUGAAAUUGUUAUAUAAUGGGAAAGCACAUAAUUUUUUUGUGAAUGCUUACCAGUAGACUGGUUUUGUUAAAAAUUUUCAACUGGAAUUGAGCAAUUUUUUAAAAAUACUAUUUUGAUAAACUUUGCUGUCUUAGUGUUGUAUUGCUAUGAAGAGACACCAUGAUCAUAGCAAAUCUUUUAAUUUUUUAUUAAUUAAAUAUUUAUCUUACAUCCCAACCCUCCCUUUUCUCCCUCGUCUUACAUGGCAGUUCUUACAAAGGAAAACAUUUAAUUGGGCUGCUCACAGUUCAGAGGUCCAGUCCACUAUUGUCAUGGUGGAAAGCAUGGUGGCAUGCAGGCAGACAAGGUGCUGGAGUAGUAGCUCAGAGUUCUAAUCCAUCUGCAGCAGGCAGCCGGAACAGAGAGACGUGGCCUGGCUUGAGCAUUUGCAACCCCAGCCCACCCCCAGUAACACACGCCCUCCAGCAGGGCCGCACCCAUCCCAACAAGGUCACACCAAGUACUACUCCUUGAUGACCAGGAUUCAGAUGAGCCUGUGGGGCCGUUCCUAUUCAAAGCACCACAUAGGCAAACAUACUUUGGAGUUGCUCAUGACAAUUUCACUAAAAAGAGUGUUACAUAAUAUAAAUAUGGUAUCAUUUUUAUUUAUCGUCCACUAUUCUCGGGGUUUUAGAAUGAAAUAUGCUUCUGGUAGACAUUUUCUGGUUGAUACUUUCUGGCAUUAUUCCCUGCUAAAAGAAUUUGCCUACCAUUUCUCCAGGUGAGAAUUGAGAGCAAGCAGUUUAAAUCAAUAAUCAUGAUAGUCCUCUGAUUGCUUGUUCAAUAACCUCUCGCUGCCCUCAGUAGAUCUGCCCCAAGACCUCUAGUCAAUACCUGCAGCAAGAUAGCCCCAAGCCAUGCAUACUGUGGUUCUACAGUACUUUAUGUGAUCACCAAGAUACCUGCUUAGUGAUGGGCAGGUAGUGACUACAGUGUGGAAUCACUGGACAGGAGGGUGAUUGACAUUCCAGUGAGAUUUCUUCAACACUCCAUAAAAUGAUGUGCAGUUUAAACCUUAGGGAUUGAGGGCUGGGAAUAUAGUUCAGUAGAAAGGCACUUGCCUAGCAUGCAGGAGACUCUCUCUUUGAUUCUCAAUACUGCCCACCCCCAAAAUAUUGUAAGUUGCUUCCACUUAGUGUAUUUGAGCUGUGACUGACAGCCCACCCCACAGAUCCUUAAGACUACAGAAAGUCAGACUUGCCGUUAAGAGGAGAUGCCACUAUGACUUAAUUAUAUGACCUGAAUCCAGACAAACCAAGUGGAGAUGCUUGUUCUGCAGAUGGUGAUCAGACCCGCCCUACCCCAAGAAGAGAGAUGGUUGGCUGUUCCCAAAGCUAACAGACACAUGAAGAAAAGGCAAGUGAAAAAAAUAUUUAUCAUCGUAGGAAGCUAGGGAGAAGAACCUCCUUAAUUGGAGAAAGGGUGACUUCAGCUACGGCAAGACCAUUCAAAAGAGGGCCAUAUUGACAGUUUCUCCCCAGGUAAAAUAGGGCACCAGUCAUCUGAUGCAACGCCGCACAGGACACAGCCAGAGUAAACGAGGGAAAAACAAGAAAGGAAUAAGUCAUUAAAGGAGCAGGACUUCUAUCUGGCAUAACCUUGCCCAAAGCACAUUCCGGGGAUAUUCCAAUAUAUGAGUUAUAAAUAAUAAGGAAAUUAAACAAGAUUCUUGCAUCAAGGUCAUUUUAUAACACUAGGGUUUUUUUUUUUUAAACAUUGACUAUUUUGAGAGUGAUACCCUUUACAAAAACCUUCAAAUGUAUAAGGAAAAAUAUUUCAAGAAUUUUGUCUAAACACAAAAAUUUUAUCUAGAAAAAAAUACGUUGCCACAGAGUAGGAAACCUUGUGGUUUCCAGGAGACGCAAGCUCAAAGGGAUAUCAGUUUCCCCAAAGUUAGCCCACAAGUAGUGGAGUCUCAAAUUUUAGUUAUCUGUUGGAAAUGAACGAGCUGAAUCUGAAGUGUACACAAACAACCGUUAAUAAUUACAGAAGCUAACUUGUAAAACUGCUGCGUGUGGAGGCUGGAGAGAUGGCUCAGCAGUCACAAGUGUGCUGCUCCUACAGACGACCUGGGCUUGGUCCAGCACCCACAUGGGGCGGCUUACAACAACCAGUAACUCCAACUCCAGGGGGUGAAACACCCUCUUCUCACCUCUAUGGACUCAUGCAGUCCUGUGCGCACACACAAUACACAUAAUUUAAAAAUAUUUUUUCAUGUUGUCUGUGCUGACUUAAAGCCUGCAAUCCCAGCACUCAGGAUACAGUAGCAGGCAGAAGUACCAUGACUUCAAGACUUGGGUGACAAGAUGUGUACAGAGGGAGACCCUGAAUCAAAACAGAAUAAAACCCCCUCUAUUCGUCAAUACUAAGACCUGUUAGAAAGUCACAGAAGUUAUGGCAUAGAAGUAGGUUGCCCAUGAGAACAGAAUAGAAUGUUCUACAGGUCCCCGAAAUGUGGGGCACCUGACUCAGCAGGUGACACCAAAGUAGGGGGAGAAGAUGUCGCUUCCAUUUGAUGCACUAUCUACUAUAACAAAAACCAGGAAAACCAAAUUAAGACGGUUUAUGAAAUGUAACAACGUUUUAUGAAAACAGAAGGGGCAGGUUUGGUGACCACUCCUACUGUUCCAGCACUCAAGGGCAGAGGCAAGUGGAGGUCAGCUUGAUCCACACAGCAAGUCCCAGGCCAGCCAGGACUACACGAUGAGAACUUGUCUCAGAAUUAUUAGAUUUUAUGUGUUUGGUGUAAGCAAUGUUCCAAGCAAGAUCAAAAAAGGCAUUAAGGCAUAGAAGUUUAUUUUGGGUUAUACUAAAAUUUGGACAUCCACAACCACCUGUAGCUCCAGGUCCAGAGCCAACACCUACUCUGGUCUUUGCGCUCACUCACACUUACACAUAGAUAUGGGUUAGAGUGAGCAGGAUGGGCUGGAGAGAGGGCUCAGCAAUUUGGAGUGCUUGUUGCUCCUGCAGAGGACCUGAGAGAAGUUCCCUGCACCCACAAUGGCUGACAACCAUCUUUAACUCACCUCCAAGGGAUCUCAUGCCACUUUCUAGCCCCCGUGGGCACCUGUACUCACAUGUGCAAAACACACAAAAUAAGGAAUAAAUCUUUUUAUUGUAUAUUUUUAUUGAUUUUUGUUGAGCUCUACAUUUUUCUCUGCUCUCCUCUCUGCCUCUCCCCUCCCCUUUUGCCCUCUUCCAAGAUCCCCAUGCUCCCAGUUUACUCAGGAGAUCUUGUCUUUUUCUACUUUCUACUUCCCAUGUAGAUUAGAUCUGUGUAAGUCUCUCUUAGGGUCCUCAUGGUUGUCUAGCUUCUCUGGGAUUGUGAUUUGUAGGCUGGCUUUCUUUGCUUUAUGUUUAAAAGCCACCUAUGAGUGAAUACAUGUGAUAAUUGUCUUUCUGUGUCUGGGUUACCUCACUCAAUAUGAUGUUUUUUAGCUCCAUCCAUUUGCUUGCAAAUUUCAAGAUGUCAUUAUUUUUUUCUGCUGUGUAGUACUCCAUUGUGUAAAUGUACUACAUUUUCCUUAUCCAUUUUUCGGUCGAUGGGUAUUUAGGUUGUUUUCAGGUUCUGGCUAUGACAAACAAUGCUGCUAUGAACAUAGUUGAACACAUCCCCUUGUGGCACGAUUGAGCAUCCUUUGGAUAGAUACCCAAAUGUGGUAUUACUGAGUCUUGAGGAAGGUUGUUUCCUAAUUUUCUGAGAAAUCUCCACACUGACAUCCAAAGAAGCUGUACCAGCUUGCGUUCCCACCAGCAAUGCAGUAGUGUUCCCUUUACCCCACAUCCUCUCCAGCAUAAGUUGUCAUCAGUGUUCUUUAUCUUGGCCAUUCUUACAGGUAUAAGAUGGAAU